AUGGCCUAUCAUCAUCUCAUUUCGAGGCAGGGAUGGGGACCUCCCCCAACGCCAGCGCGAUCACCAGAGUAUAUGGCAGAGAAUCAAGCUGCCCACUUGAUGGCCGUAGAGGGUCCCCUGUUCGCAUUAUCUACCACUGCGGUGCUUCUACGGUUCUAUGUGCGAAUCUUUAUGUUGAAAACAUUCGGUUGGGAUGACAUUAUGAUGUUGGUUGCAGUAUGCAUAAGCAUAACAACACUGGGUCUGUUCUUGACAGUCAUUAAUCUUGGACUGGGAAAACACGCCGAAGCAUUCCCAGUGGAGAAUACUUUUCUCUUUUUCAAGUACAUGUACUUCUAUUCGAUUCUCAUCAUUGCCGGAUACAGCUUCAUCAAGCUAUCGAUCGGUCUCUUCUUGCUCCGGCUGGCAGACCGGACAAGAUGGCGACCAUUCCUGAUCGGCAUGCUGAUUUUCAUUGUUAUUUUCACGAUUGGCUCGACGUUCGCCAUUAUAUUCCAAUGUAUACCUGUACGAGCAGGCUGGGACUUCACUAUGCGUCCGCCAAUGGGCAAAGCAAAAUGUUAUGAUGCGACAAUCUUCAAAAAUGUCGGUGUCUUCAACUCUUGCAUCAACAUCGCCACAGAUCUGAUAUUCGCCCUGAUUCCCAUACCCAUGGUCUGGAAGCUCCAAGUCACUAUUCAAACACGCAUUGGUCUCGCAACAAUCUUGGGUCUUGGUCUAUUCGCCUCUGCUAUAGCAAUCUACAAGACACCGAUGCAAGCCAAUUUCUUCAAAGUAAAAGAUUGGUCCGGCGAUGGAUCCUGGUACUACAUCUGGCAACAAGUAGAAAUGCACGUUGGCAUCAUCGCCGCCUGUCUUCCAACCAUUAAACCCCUCUUCGCAAGCUUCUUCGGACAAGUCCGGUCCAUAGCCACAAGAGGCCGAACAACCGGUUCGAAUGGCCUCAAUAGCACACCGUUUCGCUCAAGGGGGUAUAUGAAACAGAGCGAGCAGCAGAACAGCGAUAGCUUCGUCAUGAAGAAUAUGAGCGAAGGUAGUCAGUCGAUAGGACGUGACCCUUACGGUGAAGACACAGUGCUCGCCAAGGACACAUACACCGUCGUAGCUGGACGAGGUAAAAGCGGUCUUGAGAGAAUGGGAAGUCCAGCUAGGGAGAGUGAUGAUAGCAUUGAGAGUUACGAGGCACGAUGUGGUCCGCGGAGGUCUGUACAGAGAGGUUUGACGAUCGUAAAGACCACUGAGGUAGCUAUAAGUCGAUGA